AUGAAUACGGUCAAGGUUCAUUCACUUUCUACUAAAAACAUGAUGGUGGCUUUAAAUUUCUCAUUACUUCAAGGUGAUUAUGCAGUAGAAGAGAACUCAACUGCUGGGAACUCAACUGGCCAGAACACGAAGGAAGAGGUCCAUUUGAACCUGCAGUCCCACCAUAUUCUGAUUGCAUUUUUUCACACUGUUAUUAUCAUUCUGGGUGUCCCAGGCAAUGCUGUAGUUAUUUGGAUUGCAGGAUUUAAAAUGAAGCGCACAGUCAAUUCAAUCUGGUUCUUAAAUCUGGCUUGUGCUGACCUUGUUUGCUGCCUCUGCAUUCCUUUUGUGAUGUACACUGUUGUUCAUAAUCAGCAUUGGCCUUUCGGUUUUCAAAUGUGCAGGUUGAUCUAUGGCGUUAUUUACAUAAGCAGUUUCUGUGCUAUCUUUUUGCUCAUGAUCAUCAGUUUGGAUCGUGUAAUUCUUGUGGCCAAACCUGUGUGGUGUCAAAACCACCGUAAGACAUAUUGUGCCAGUCUGAUGUGCUUUCUGGUGAUCAUUGUCCUCUAUACAAAGGCUCUGGUUUACUGCAACAGCUGUCUCAACCCGUUGAUCUAUGUUUGCAUCGGCCAGGACUUCAAGGUGCACAUGUGCAAAUCCUUCAGGGCUGUGAUGGAGAUCUUCAUGACUGAUGAUCUUUCCUCUCGUUCUGUGACCACCUUCACCCCAAUGUCCUUCUCAAUAAAUUAUCAAAUAUCUCAUAUCUGA